UAUAUAUACAUAAAUGUACAUACAUGUAUACAUAAUAACAAAUAUCAGACGAAUAAAUAAUUACAAAAGUAUAAGAAAUAUAGUUCGUACAUAUUCAUAAGUAAAUAUGUAUACGUAGCUAGAAGGAUAGAAAGCAUAGUGAAUUCAAUUUCCUAUGAUUUUGCCAUAAUUAACUAAUGGAAAUUAAACCUCCAUAAAAAAAAAUCAUCGGAAAACUACCUGUUGGACUUUUUGAAAGAUUGUGAAAGAAAGAUCUAAACAUUUAUCGUCCAAAUGGCACAGAUCGCCACAACUAUGGCAAAUGCUUUUAGUAAUGAAUCUGAGAUGAAGGCCAUGGACGCUAAUCGAUAUGCCACCAAAAAAACUAUAGCGCAAGGCAUGCUGGACAUCGCUUUACUCACCGCUAACGCAUCUCAGUUAAAAUACAUUCUGCAAGUUGGAGAGCAACACCAGUUCUAUAAAUUAAUGCUAAUAAUGAUAAGUCUUUCUAUAGUACUGCAGCUUUUAGUUGGAAUCCUUUUUGUUCUUAUUGGCAGUCUAAAUAUCAAUCAUCAAAAGGAUCAAACGGCCGCCAUGAUUAUAAAUGACGUCAUUCUUGUUGUUAUAUUUGUCAUUUCCGUCCUUAACGUCAUAAUAUCGGGAUUCGGCAUCGAGUAUUCUUCUCAACCCUUUAUACUUACUGAGCAACAGACAAAGUUAUUGCGGGAUCUCUAAUGGUUAUUCUAGCAGUAAUUGGGAUUCACAAAAGUAAAUUUCAACGAUCGAUCGCUGAGAAAUUAAAUCAUAUUGUCAACGGUAU